AUGACCCUGCGUGCCCAGCGAAGCUGGCUGUACUCACCGCGGGGCGCCUCUGGCGCAGGGGUGUGCGGAGGCCUCUUUAAUGGUGUGAAGCUGGUGGUGGAGACGCCUGAGGAAACCCUGUUCACUCACCGAGGGGCCAAUGUGACCCUACCCUGUCGCUACCAUUAUGAGCCGGCCCUGGCCUCCCAGAGGCCUGUGCGCAUCAAGUGGUGGAAGCUUUCGGAGAACGGGGCUCCGGAGCAGGACGUGCUGGUGGCCAUUGGGCAGAGGCACCGCUCCUUUGGGGACUUCCAAGGCCGGGUGCACCUACGGCAGGGCGGGCAGCGGGAAGUCUCGCUGGAGAUCCGGGCGCUGAGGUUGGAGGACUCCGGGCGCUACCGCUGCGAGGUCAUCGACGGGCUGGAGGACGAGAGCAGCCUGGUGCAGCUGGAGCUGCGGGGUGUGGUCUUUCCCUACCAGCCCCCACAGGGGCGCUACCAGCUCAACUUCCAUGAAGCCCAGAGGGCCUGUGAGGAGCAGGAUGCAGGCCUGGCCUCCUUUGAGCAGCUCUUCCAGGCCUGGGAAGAGGGCCUGGACUGGUGCAAUGCGGGCUGGCUGCAGGACGCCUCCGUGCAGUACCCCAUCAUGCUGCCCCGGCAGCCUUGCGGUGGCCUGGGCUUGGCGCCCGGCGUGCGCAGCUAUGGCCAGCGCCACCGGCUCCUGCGCCGCUACGACGCAUUCUGCUUCGCCGCUGCCCUGAAGGGACGGGUAUACUACUUGGAGCACCCUGAGAAGCUGACCCUGACAGAGGCCAGGGCAGCCUGCCGGCAGGACGGGGCCCAGAUCGCCAAGGUGGGCCAGCUCUUUGCUGCCUGGAAGUUCCAGAGUCUGGACCGCUGUGAUGCUGGCUGGCUGGCAGAUGGCAGCGUCCGCUACCCGGUGGCUCACCCCCGCCCCAACUGCGGGUCCCCUGAGUCUGGCGUCCGAGACUUUGGCUUCCCAGACCCCCAGAGCCGCAAGUAUGGGGUCUACUGCUACUGCCAGCGCUAGAUGCCAGGUCACCAACCUGUCCCUGCCUGUUCCCUCACUAGCUGGGGAUUUAUUGAGGGGUUCAUUUACCCUUGAGGGUUAGGGCGAUUUUAAUAUUGUUUAUAUACUUUGCAACUUAAAGACAUUUUUAAAGUAUAUUUUUUGUAAACCCAGAAGAACCCAGGCCCUCACUCUGCUCUGUACAUACCUCUAAGUCUUUCCCCUGACAGGUCCGCCUGCCCCUCCUCCAGGAUAUUGGACGUUUGGGGGCUUUUUAAAAACUCCUGUCAUCACUGAAAGGAGUCCUGGUAGCAGUGUCGGGUAAACGUUGUCCGGCUACCUGAGAGGUCCGUGGUUCAAACCCACCAGUCGCUCCAAGGAAGAACA